GGCCAGGCGGCAGCUGUCCGUAGCCGGAGCCCGCGGCGGGGGCGGCGGCAGCGGGUGCCAGCGGGGGGACGCGGCCAGACGCUCCAGAGAAGAACAAACUUCCUAGAGGAGUGAUCUUUCAAGGAAGAAGACAAGAAACAAGACUUCCUACAUUCCCCAGGUGUGCCAAAAUGUCAGAAAGAUCAGACAUUCUUCACUUCAAGUUUGACAAUUAUGGAGAUUCAAUGUUACAGAAAAUGAACAAGCUGAGGGAAGAAAACAAAUUUUGUGAUGUUGUGGUCCAUAUAGAUGAUGUUGAAGUUCACGGGCAUAAAAUUGUAUUUGCUGCUGGCUCUCCCUUUUUAAGAGAUCAGUUCUUAUUAAAUGACUCCAGAGAUGUAAAAAUCUCCAUACUGCAAAGUUCGGAAGUGGGGAGGCAGUUGCUUUUAUCCUGUUACAGUGGCAUUCUGGAGUUUCCCGAAAUGGAACUGGUAAACUACUUAACUGCUGCAAGCUUUCUGCAGAUGAGCCACAUCGUGGAACGCUGCACACAGGCGCUCUGGAAGUUCAUCAAACCGAAGCAGCCGUUGGAGAGCAAGGAAUGCGAACAGCAAAGCGACUCCUCCGAGCUGAAGGAACACCCAGAAGAUGAAGACUCUCUUCCACAAGAUUCACCUUGUAUCCAGCCCUCAGAAGACAGUAUGGACAUGGAGGACAGUGAUAUUCAGAUCAUCAAGGUGGAGUCCAUUGGGGAGGUAACGGAAGUUAGAAACAAGAAGGAUCAGAACCAGUUUAUUUCUUCUGAACAAACUGCUUUGCAUUCCUCAGAGCCUCAACACUUUCUAAUCAACUCCACCGUUGAAAACAGAGCAAGUGAAAUAGAGCAAAACCACCUCCACAACUAUGCCCUUUCGUAUGCCGGCAGCGAUAACAUCGUUCUGGCCUCUAAAGAUAUGUUUGGGCCUAACAACCGAGGUAUAGACAAAGGCCUCCAGUGGCACCAUCAGUGCCCAAAGUGCACAAGAGUAUUUCGGCAUCUGGAAAACUAUGCUAAUCACUUAAAGAUGCAUAAACUAUUCAUGUGUCUGCUCUGUGGCAAGACAUUCACUCAGAAAGGCAAUCUCCACCGGCACAUGAGGGUGCAUGCAGGCAUCAAACCGUUCCAAUGUAAGAUCUGUGGGAAAACCUUCUCUCAGAAAUGUUCCUUACAGGACCAUCUCAACCUGCACAGUGGGGAUAAGCCCCAUAAAUGUAACUACUGUGACAUGGUUUUUGCGCAUAAACCCGUUCUGAGGAAACAUCUUAAACAGCUACAUGGUAAAAAUAGCUUUGACAAUGCCAAUGAAAGAAACGUUCAAGACAUAACGGUGGACUUCGAUUCAUUCACGUGUAGCGCUGCUACAGACAGUAAGGUCUGUCAGCAAGCUGACGCAAGCCAGGUACUGGAUGCAGGGAAGCUGCCUCAGGCUGUGCUCGGUUUAAGAAAUGAUAGCACCUGCGUCAAUUAAGCAAUUAAAAGCAGCCCUUUGUGGGGAUCAUGACUGAGAGGAGCAAACAGUUGGCUUGGGCUCUUACCUAAACUAGUGGUUUGCUCUGAAAGGCUACGGAUAGAUGGAUGGAUGAAGGGUUGGAUUGCAGAAACUGGCAGGUCUUCAGCCAUCGUUCUUAGUCUUACUUGAUACCUUCUGUGAAUAACAAUCUUCCUUCAGGUUUCUGUCUGUGUCUCUACUGUGGAUUAAGGGGUUAAUUGUUUCAUUUCUCUCUGAUCAGGAGACUCAAGACUAACACCUUGUGAGAGACUGUUGCUGUGGGCUGCAAGUGAGCCAUCUGCUGUACAGUCAGAGGCUUCUCUGUGUCUGGGCAGAUGGAGGAAAGAGCAAAGAGGACAAGUCUGUGAGAUAACCCAGUUAUUAUUUUUUUAAAGCACUGGAUCACUGAGAAAGCACUCCACAUAGUGCUAAUUUGUUUUAAACUUACCUCUUAAAAUUAUCUUUCACCAAUCUUACCCCUAGACCUCUACAGUUGAAAUGAAGUAUUUUUACGUCACUUUUUUUUGCCCUUCCUACACUAUUUCAAGAAACUACUACUGCCAAUCAACACUAUCUUAAAAGCUCUCAGGGUUUUUAAUGUUGGCAUGCAUUUUGAAAAGGUAAAACCCUGAAGGAUUUGGCAGGGUUAGCUGAUGGUUGCAUAGGACUGUUUGAAAUAAGUUGCAGCUCUGAAAUCUGCGAGCGUGGCACCUGGGGUGCCGGUGUGACCAAUUUCACAGGCCAUCAUACCGAGGGUCGCUAAAGGGCACUUAUGUUGUAUGUACUGAGACAAGCUAAGCACUUCAAAACUAGAAGUUAUUAUCUAUCUUCCAUAAAUUUUGCUUCAAAUAACCACAACAGUUGCUACUUUCCUAAUAGGUUUUAGAGCAAAGUUGGAAUGGAGAAAUACUGCUUUUUGACACUGUGAAAAUACUCUGUUUUUUAAAAGCUGCAAUGUAUAGUAACUCCAUGCUUUUCCUUUUUUUUUCCUUAGUUCUUGUAUAUCUCUCCUUGAUAACUAGUAAGGGCCACGUGUCAGUUUAAAAAAAAAAAAAAAAAAAAGGAAGAAAAAAAAAGUACCUGCCACAGGAAUAUUAACAUGAAGUUUUUUUGAUUUCUUAGAUACUCAAAGAACACUUUUUUCUUUUUUAAGUGACCUACAUAGUUCAUGACCAUUAGUGUUUUACAGAGCCUACGAUGAGGUAUAGGUAGCACAAUUUCCAUAGUUUAGUGUAUUAGCAAUUGACUGUACUCAGCAAUACCUCUUGUAUACCGCCUUAAACAUCAAAUGUAGCGGGAAUGGCAUAUUAAUUGGGAUUCUAGGAUGAUACUGUAUUACUUCUCAAAAGUGCCGUGGAAUUAUCCACAUCCCAAUUGGGCUGAAAGAAACUAAUUUCUCAUCUGAAGGACACCAUUCCCAGUAGAAGAGCACUCAUUCUGUUGAAGUGUAGCAUAGACUAAUAAUCAAGUGGCAGAUCCUUGGUGGAGAACUGCUGUGUGUAUGUGGAAUAAGUAUUUCUUCCAAUGCAGCUCUUUUCCUCAAGGUUUGCCAUGAGGCUGAGAUAAUGCUUCCUACCUAAAAGUAGUACUGUCUGUGUGUCUGAAUGAGGGGUAGGGGUGGGGGGAGGCUGCUACUGUAUGGUUAAAAAUGCUAAACAGGUAUGACCAAAGGUGUGUUAGAGCAAAAAAUGUUUUGUACGUAAUUAUCAAAAGUUGGUCUUGAUCUUCAGAUACGUGUAUGUAGAAACCAGGAUUUCUUUAUGCAGACAUUUCACUGAUGGACAGUAGAAAGUGUUUAUCUUGCAGAACGUGUUCAGAAAUCCACAUACCUUCGAGUAGCAAAGCAAGGUGAUUCUGUGAAUCAGUUUUUGCAAUUGAGUUUUUAAACUACUGUACUUGACUGUUACAUUAACUAUUAUUACAUGGACAGCUAUGAAGUAAGCAAUGGAAAUGGAGUCAGGGCAUUACGUCUUUCAAGUUGUAGCAAAUAUAUUUAGGCCUAAAAAAUAACUAUUUGGGACUUUUAAGAAUUAUUGUUCAGGUUCCAGGGGCAAAAAAUGGGUAGGCGUGGGAAGAAAAGCUGUUUUCCUCUUCAGUAACCUGCUUCCAGAAUCAUUUUGAGCUAAAACAGACCAUGACAGUCGCAUCUGACCCUUGUAUUCUGACUUCAGGCAGAAUCCUCUGUGUUGCAACAUUUUUAUACCGUUACCUGCUACAUGGAAAUAAGUUACAGCUCUAAUGUCAAAAAGAAGAUAGAAAUGGAGAAUCAGAACUUGCAGGUCAACAUACUGUAAGGGUUUAGUGACAAAUCUAACAAUACAUGGAUACGGAUAUGAUAAAGAAAAUGGUCUUCUGCCAGAGAAAGGAAUAGAACUGCAAAUGCUAGAGGAAAAGUGGCAGCAAAAUGGACAGUAUUGAGAACUUUGUCUGGGAAGUUUCUUCAUGGAAUUACCAAGCUGUAAGGCUACUGCAAGGAGGAUGGAUAUAGCUUGUUGAAGUAGCCAUGGGCGACCUGAAGCUGACUUGAAGAGACAAGGGGUUAUCCUAAGAAACAAAAAAUGAUUUGAUCAGGACAUCCAGGUUUUCCAUCCACCCUGUGCAUUGGUGAUACCAACUUCUGAGAAGGCCGAGACUGCUGGCUGUUCAUUUGAAAGGCUGCUUGUGUCAUUUGGUGAGACCACGGCAGAAAUAAAUGGGAAAAAGCAGAAAUGCAGAAGACUGCUUCUUCAAUGAAAGCAAGACAGAUCUGUUGGAUGAAAGAUGUCUUCUUACAAAUGUCUGUGUUUUUGGCCUGGCAGAAGGGUGCAGACCAAAAGAUUUAUGCAGGAGACAGCAAUGUAGCUCCAGAAGCACUAGAGAUUAAGAAGGCAACAUGCUGAUGGCACAAUGUGAAGUGUGCCAGUGGUAAGAGUUCAUGUAAGAUUUGCCCCCAUAUGGAACAGAUGAGCGAAGAGUACAGAAGAGGUAUUAGAAAAGCAAAAUCUGGCUAUUGCCUCUUCCCUGAAUUAGAUUAAAAUGGAAUGAAAAUGAUUAUAAAUGGAAUAUACAGAGGCAGUGUGAUUAUAGAAUGAGAUGAACUUAAUUGUCCACGUAUGUAAAAUGUCUUCAUUGCAAUGUUCCAGUUAGUGAAAGACUAGAUCCAGUGGUUGUUGCUGCUGAUGCUGCGUAUUCAGACAAGGACUCUGGCAGUUAUAAUCUGUGUGUUAAUGUGUAGAAUACUAUUUGCUGGUAAGUGGAUAGUCUCACAACUUAAUGUGCUGUACAACUUCCUGCAUAUCCUAAAAAUAACUGGUCUAUUACAAAAAUAUUUUAAUAACUCCUUGAAUAUAAUAGGAUUUUUUAUGUUGGCAUUUUAUUUAUUUGAUAUAGAGGAGAAUUCUUAGAACUCUUAGAUUUACCAGAGGCUGAGGCUCACCGCCCUGCUGAGGGGUGGUAGCUUGUGCAGCCCACGGCCCCACUGAACGUGGGGCAGCUGCACAGCCUCCUGUAGAGAUCAGGGAUGAGUCUUUCUGUCAUUUUUCGUUCCGAGGACGUGUGUUGCAAGUUACUAACUGAUGUAACCGAAGCGUCAGUCUCUCUUCCCCAGCUUUGUGGCAAAAACUUGGAAAGCUGCCGCUGAACUCCUGAAGUAACUUACAAAUGGUGCGGGGCCGGUUUUGGUUCUGGACUCGCUGGGAGGAGCGAAGGCGAGGAGGGAGAAUCAAAACUCGAUGCCGACCGAGCCGUGAACGGAUCUAAGGUCGAGCCUCGCUUUCGGAGAGAGGAGAAAGAAGGAGGAAAACAGCCGGCGCUCGGCGAGGAGCGGAGGAGGCCGAGCGACGCCGUGCUGUGGGACUGCCCCCGGCGGACCGAGCAUCAGCUACCUCUUCAGGGACCGGGCAGGAGGCUCGUCCCUCGUCCCCAGCGGCGUUACCAAAGCAGGCGGGGCCGGGGCCGCGGGAGGGGGCCGCUGCCACGCUACCUCUACCGGGCGCUGCGCCCCGCGGCCGCCGCCGUAGCAGUGCCAAGUCCCGCAAUAAACGUGCUGCUAACUCUG